AUGUCUAGGGCAGGAACACGCUUGAUAAAAACUACCGAUCGUUUAUUAUCCGGUUCAGGAUACAUUGAUCAGCUCUAUCGACAAACACAGGCCCAAAUACCACUUACUGAAAAUGAAAGGAAUAUUCUCAACAAUUCUCUCUUGAAGCUAUGCCACGAACAGCACUGGAUUUCAAAGUUGUAUAGAAAUGGAGUGCCUACAUUUAUCAUUAGCAGCCCGGAUUUCCGGGAGAAAUUUAUACGAGAUGCUGAUAACGAUCCGGAUAUAAGGAAAUCAAUCAGGGGUAGUCUUCUGUCCGGUAUUACCAACCUUCAUAUGCCAUCUCAUGAGGAACAUAAGGAUAAUGACGUUCUGGAAUUGCUUUGUGAGACCAUUACACCACAUUUGACGAAAUACAUGGAACGUGAAAUGCCACGGACCAUGUUGGCGUUCCAUGGUGCUAAGCAUCUGGCGGACCUCACCAAACCUCUGGAUACGUUCCCAUCGCGACCGUUCAGGAGACGAGUAGUAGCUCAUUUGGGCCCACCAAACAGCGGAAAGACGUAUGAGGCACAUCAACGAUUGUCCUCCUCUCCGUCAGGCGCUUAUUGUGCACCGCUACGACUGCUGGCAUGGGAGAUGCAUCAAAGACUUAAUGAACAAGGUAUAAGCUGUUCAUUGCUGACAGGGCAGGACGUUAGAGUGUCUGACUCUGAUACCCAUCUUUCAUCUACGGUGGAAAUGACACCACUUCAUCGAGACUAUGCCUGUGCAGUUAUCGACGAGAUGCAGAUGGUCGGGGACUCUAAUAGGGGUUAUGCAUGGACACGUGCGUUUCUGGGAAUUAGAGCACCAGAAGUCCACAUUUGUGGAAGUACGUCAUGUUAUACUAUGGCCAAGGCACUGGCUGACAUGGCAGGCGACAUGCUCGAGGUCAAGGAACACGCUAGAUUGGGAACUGUUACCAUAAUUGAGGAGCCAAUUCAGAUAGCUGAUCUCCAGCCGGGAGAUUGUGUUGUUUGUUUCUCUCGGAACACAGCAUUGCGAUUGGUGGAGGCGAUCGAACGUUCUUGUUUUAAUAACAACGGUGAACUUCAACAAUCAACAGCCGUAGUAUACGGUUCCCUGCCUCCUGAGACACGGACUCAACAGAUCGCAGAUUUCAACUCACGGCGUAAGCAGGUCCUAGUGGCAUCUGACGUCAUUGGCAUGGGUGUCAAUGUUCGGAUCAAACGUAUUAUAUUUCACACUCUCUCUAAGUUUGAUGGGCGUAGCCACCGGAUGCUAACUGCUGCAGAAGUCCAGCAAAUAGCAGGGCGAGCUGGAAGGUACUCACUUGACUGCGGUAGUGGGUUUGUCGGUUGCAUUAGGGAGGACGACUUACGGCAUCUUAAAAGAUUGAUGAGGCAACAUCAAGACCAAUUAGAGCGCGCAGUUGUGGCACCUACACCAGAGACACUUGCAGCGUUUGUAGACACGGUACGUUCAGCGACCGAACCACAGGCAACACUGGCCGAGUCUAUAAAGAUAUAUCGAUAUAUGGCCCAAUAUGGUGGCCUAUUCGAGGUUUUUGAUGUUCAGGCUCUCGUAAAUGUGGCCCGAGCCCUUGCGCACGUCGAACUCCCUACCAGAGAUCUCGUGGAGUAUCUAUUCGUGCCGCUUGGUUCUCAACCGGCAUUGAAAUUGGUACUCCGCACAUUCGCGGUCAGUCACGCAGUGCUAAACAACGUUAAAUUGCGAAAUGUACUCCACAACGAUGCCCUUGAUCUCAUGGAAAACAUCGCAACACAACCAAACGGUAAAAACAUACAAGACUACCUACGGCGUAUGGAAAUGAUUUAUCAGAUUUUAGAUGCUUACGUAUGGUUGGGUAACAAAUUUCUCAACGUUUACGUUGACCUCCAUGCCGCGGCUACCGUGAAGACAAACCUAGCCAAAGUUCUGCACGAGCAGCUGGAACGCAGCAUCGGCGCGCGUGAGUCAUAUUAUAAGGAAUGCGACGAAGAGGAACACGUCAUGGAGGCCAUAAUAGCGAGACAAUUGAUUCGAUCUCACCACUUCGCAGAAUAG